UGUCAAUCAAGCUGAUUUUGCGUCGUUUGUCGUUUCGUAUCAUUUUAUUAUUUAUUUUGCUUUGUUAGAAUACUAUAAUCCAAUUUCCUUAUGUUAACUGAGUGACACAUUAUGGCGAAUCAAGAAAUAAGUUUAAAAUGGAACGGGUAUCAGAGCAACAUUUUGUUCAACGUAAAAGAAUUAUUCAAAGACGAGUGCUUGUCGGAUGUUACUUUGGUCUCAGAGGGUCAUAGUUUUAAGGCUCAUAAAGUAAUAUUGUCAGCGAAUAGUUCAGUUUUUAGGACAAUAUUUCAGCAAAACCCCCACAAGGAUCCAAUUAUAGUGCUUCAUGACAUCAGUACGGCCUCUCUGCGUACGCUGCUGACGUUUAUGUACAACGGGGAGGUGAAUGUGACUGAGGAAUUCUUGCCAAUACUCUUGAAGACUGCAGAAACAUUGAGAAUCUGUGGUCUUUCUACAGGCAGUGAAACUUCACGCGAAGAGGAUAAAACUCCUGGGGGUACGGUGCCAAAAAAACGUAAGAAAAGUGAGCAUGAAGACAGUAGCAGUAAAUGUAAGAAGUGUGUAUAUGCACAGGGCAAACAAGAGGCUGCAUCAAAUAAUUUAGUGCCAAAGCUAGAACCAGUGGAAUCACCAUUGACUGAUUGUUCAGGAGAAAAUACAAAUGAUACGGACAUAGCCGUGCUCGAUGAUGUUGUUGAGAAAAAGCAAAAUAAAUCAGGAGCCCAGUCAAAGAAGAGAAAGCGGGACUCGGACAACAAUAAUAAAUGCAAAAAGUGUGUGCCAGUUGAUUCGGAAACCGUACACAAGAUUAGCUCUGAUAGUGGAAAACAAUCUAAUAUUGUACUAAAAAUUGAACCAGUGGAAUCACUGUUAACGGAAUAUUCUGGGGACAACACAAAUGAUAUGGAAAUAGCUUUACUAGAAGAUUCAACGGAGAAGAAACUUACCGUAGAAAACUGUCUCAAUAAGAAAGUACAUAAUGUGAGUGACAGAAUUGAUAAAAGCGAAGUGAGUAGUACACAGCCAUGUUUGAAUGAGAAACUUAAUAACGGAGAUGCAUCGGAAGAAAUAAUUGAGAUUGAUAAAGAAGUUGAGACCGUACUGCAAAGCGGAACGAGGAUUGAGUCGCUCAGUAUAAAAACGGAGAACCUGAAUGUGGUGUCUACUGAUUGUAAAGAUCCAUCAUUCCCUUGCCCGUUUUGUCCUCGAGUGUACAACAGUUGGGGCUACCGACGAAGACAUGUCAAGUCCAGGCAUGUUACUAACAGGCUCUCAUGCAAGUGGUGUAUAUCAGUGCUGCCAUCUACAGGGGCAUGGUACACCCACGCAACUCGCACCCAUGGAGUACCACACGAGGAGGCCCGGAACUCCUUGGUUGUGAUGGUGGAAGCUCAUGCGGUACUCACUCAAAUGAAUGAACCAAAUGUCACUCAGUUACUCGUUUAAAGAAAGAAAAGAUCAAAGAUAAAUAUUGGAAAAUUAAGGUAUGAAUUUCCGGGAUUAUUUUUGAAAAGAAAAAAAAAAUAGUCUAUAGGGACUAUCGGCAUAGGUUACGGUGGUACACUUUAAAAAAAUCCUGUGGCAAGCUCGCUAUCAACCGCCUUGUUUUCCUUGUGAUCGCUCGUAUUGAGUGCAUGUGAAUAUCGCCUAACGAUGGUCGACCGCCAACUUUGUCGGUUGUACAUUGGAAAGGUUCUAUAAUAGUCUAGUCUAACAUUAUGUUAGAAAGUCUUCACGAAAUAGAUUAAGAAAUCUGGAAUUUCUUUAAAUCGUUCUCCAAAUGAUAAUGAGGUCAGUUUUAAUACUAUUUAGGAAUUUUUGAAUUGUAGCAAUUGGUUUAUCAGUCCCUUAUUCUUGGUUUACAAUAUUUCAUUUUGUUCAACAUGUAAUUUUAUGCAAGGGCUCACUUUUAUAGGACUUACGAGUCCAACCAUUAUAUUUUUAAACCUGAGGGCUUAUAUAAGUUUGUAUUAUGUUUAAAGUAAUUGAAACGAGACCGCAAUUGGCGCUCUGAUUGGCCGCCUCUAAUUAAUCAACCAAUCA